GUCUGUGUGUGUGUGUGUGUCUCUCUCUCUCUCUCGCGCGCCCACUCGCGGUAAAAGUUCCGUCUGGGCCGUCGAGCGGUUCACACGUCUUCCGACGGAAGAUAAGUUUUUGAUCCUGCGGGAUUGCAUCAUCCCUCGCGUUACCGGGCCAUUGCAUCGUUCAAUUCACUACAGUCCAAGCAAUAAGUCUAUUGGUUCGACGUGGCCGUGUCGGCUCAGUGUCUGUGAGCCGGGAGCCAAUAACCAGAGAAGAAGGAAGAAGCCCACUCGCGGUCUCGCUGCGGCACUGGGAUCUCGCGUAGCCGCGUAACGAAUACGCGUGGGAAAGGAUCAAAGUAGCGUAACGCAUUCUUUUCAAAAUGGAUAACAAUAACAAGGGUACCGGGAGAGGACGCGGUAGUGCCCUGUUAGAGAUGAUGAGGGAAGCGCAACAGACAUCAGCGCAACAGACAUCAGCGCAAAAUGUACAGACAUCAGGAUAUUUAAGCUCUCCAAGCUUAGGCAGCUCAAGUAGUAGUUCAGGUCGCGGACGUGCGCAAUUAGUUAGUAUGUUAAGAUCAAUGAGUAGCAGUGACUCGGAUUCCAGGGAAUCCUCCACAGCAAUGAGUCACGGUCGAGGCUCUCUCGCAACCAUGAUAAAGAAACUUGGCAAACCAGGUACUUCUGCGCAAGAAAUUGCUGAAAAGGAUGAUUCUGAGGGAGUUUUAGGAAGACUGGCUGACAUCUCCGUCUAUGAUAAUCCGCCUGCAUCCGAGCUACCGUCUUCGGAAGAAGUCGCGCCUAUAUGUCGACAAGGCGAAAGUGGAACGAAAGUAACCAUGUUCGCCAAUUAUAUAGAUCUGAAAAUGGAUCCUGAGAAAGGUCUAUUUCAAUACGAGGUUAAAUUUUCGCCGGACAUAGAUUCAAUAGGCUUACGUCGCAAGCUACUUAAUCAACACUCUGUUGCUUUAGGACGAAAAACGUUUGAUGGGGCAAUCAUGUUUUUACCAACAAGAUUGCCACAGACCAUUUCGCAUUACAAAUCGGAACAUCCAAUGGACGGCUCGGAAAUAACUCUUACAAUUAUUUUCAAAAAAAAACAAUCGAUGAGUGAUAAUAUUCAAUUUUUCAACAUUUUGUUUAAUCGCAUCAUGCGCUCUCUCAAUUUAGUUCGUAUUGGUCGACAAAAUUUCAACCCAAAAUGUGCGCACGUUUUGCAUCAACAUCGAUUAGAAGUGUGGCCUGGUUACGUUACUGCCGUAAAUGAGUACGAGGGUGGUGUAAAAUUGUGUUUAGAUGCUAGACAUCGAGUGAUGCGGACAGAGACUGUACGAGAUUUAAUAGGAGAGAUUUAUAACAAAUCAAGACAUAAUUAUAAAGAUGCUGUAAUAAGUGAGAUAGUUGGUACGAGUGUACUGACGCGAUAUAAUAAUAGGACAUAUCGUAUAGACGAUAUUGCGUGGGACAAGACACCAAAAUAUAAGUUCCUUAAAGGUGAUAAAGAAAUAUCUUUGAUCGAUUAUUACAUGUCGCAGUGGAAUAUUAAGAUCGAAGACGAUAAUCAGCCGCUUUUAGUACAUCGCGAUACAGUUAGGACACCAACUGGCGAGAAGGAGGAAAAAGUAAUUCUUCUGGUACCGGAAUUGAGCUAUGCAGCAGGUCUUACUGAUAAUAUUCGCAAUAAUUAUUCUACAAUGAAAGACUUGAGCGUCGUUACGAAAAUGUCGCCUGUCCAACGACGACAGGUGAUUCUGCGAUUUAUAGAAGAGGUGGAAAAGAAUGAAAUACCUCGGCAAAUAUUAGCAGAAUGGGGUUUAAGUUUAAGUCGGGAUAUAGUUCAAUUUAGUGCACGAAAACUCGGCCCGGAGACUAUACGUUUUGGAGGAAACAAGACGUAUCAGUCAAAUGAUAGACCUGCAGACUGGAGUGCUGCCGCAGUAAAAAAUCCCAUGUUACGCGCUCCUAAUUUAUCCGUAUGGCAUAUUUUGUACUUUACGAGGAAUGAAACGUGUGUAAAAGAUUUCUUAGCAAUGCUUCUGAACAGUGUUUCAAGAUCGGUGAAUAUGCAAAUUCGUGAUCCCUGUAAGAUUCCUUUAAGGGAUGACAAAACCGAUACUUAUUUGAGGGAAGUUCAAAAGAGCAUCAGCAAUGAUACCGAAUUAGUAGUCAUCGUGUUUCCGACCAACCGCACAGAUCGCUAUUCUGCAAUAAAGAAACUGUGCUGUGUACAGAAAGCUGUACCAUCGCAAGUAAUCAUCUCAAAAACAAUUGAUAAGCCUCCUAAAUUGAAAAGUGUCACAGAAAAGAUAGCACUUCAAAUAAAUUGCAAAUUAGGAGGAGCACUUUGGACCGUAACUCUGCCGUUGCAAAACGUUAUGAUCUGCGGUAUAGACGUUUAUCACGCUGGUACAGGAAGCGGUUCAAAAAAAAGUGUUGCGGGAUUUGUCGCUUCUUUAGAUGCGCAAUUGAGCAAAUGGCAUAGCAAAGUUUGCAUGCAGGCCUCUAAGCAAGAAUUGAUGGACAUGCUCCAAGUGUGCCUUACUUCGGCUAUUGGUGCAUAUUACAAGCACAACGGAUGUAAUCCAGAGCGUAUAAUGAUAUAUCGCGAUGGAGUUGGUGACGGAGACCUGGAUUAUGUCGAAAAGUAUGAAGUAAAGCAGCUAUUGUCGACAUUUAAUCGCAUUGCGCCCGGUUAUAAGCCACAACUCAGCGUAAUUAUCGUUCAAAAGCGUAUCAAUACGCGGCUAUUCGUCAAAGGACCAAGGGGAGAUUUAGAAAAUCCUGGACCAGGAACCGUUGUCGAUUCUUGCAUAACGAGGCGAAAUCAUUACGACUUCUUUCUCGUGCCGCAAAAUGUGCGGCAGGGUACGGUAACUCCCACUCAUUACAUCGUUAUUCAUGAUUCGUCCAAUAUGAAAACGGACCACAUGCAACGGCUCACGUAUAAACUUUGUCACUUGUAUUACAACUGGCCCGGUACGAUUCGUGUGCCUGCUCCUUGUCAAUAUGCACACAAACUUGUGUCCCUGGUCGGUCAAAAUCUUAUGGCCGAACCACAUCAAGCUCACUCGAAUACUUUAUUCUAUCUGUAACUUCUUCACAGUUAUCCAAUAUUACUUUUAAUCUUCAACUCAUUUCUUUUCUAUUCUGUUUUCUUUCUAAACGAAGAACAAAUACCGUUAUCUUCACCGUUAGAUAAACCUUGUCAAGGUCAAUUUGAGAAAGCUGAAUGUAAAAAUAAUUAUAUAAUUUGAUUGUGUUUCUGCAGAAAUAUCGAUGCUAAUUGAUCGAUCAUGAAUGGCAAUCUUACAACAGUACGUAUCGUACGUGUAUGUGUAUAUACGUAUGAGUGAAGUAGCCAAAAGUUAUAUAGAGAAAGCUAAGAGACUACUACCAAGUAUACUAUGUGAUAAACAAUGCACUUGGAAUGUGUCUCGACUAUACUUAAUUUAUGUUACGUAGUUGACACUUGCAUUUGUAUUUAUCUACGAAGUAACAGUUGCUGUAGCACUCGCGGGUGAAUAUCAAUGCAAGUUUGUUAUACUCCAAGUAGUAUUUCAUCUUGUUAACUGUUAGCAGUAUACACAGCUAAGAUCCUCCUUUUUUUUCUUUGCAAAAACCUAACAACUGUGCUUUAUGCAUUACAAAAUAUUUAGUCUUGUAUUAAUUAUAAUUUACGUAGUAUUAGGGGAAGUUCGAGGGACUUAUUUUUUUUAGUUUUCACAAAAUCUUGCAAAAUUAUUGGAUUCGAUAGUAUUGGAAAAUAUAUCGGAAUGGACAGUCUCUGUGCCAAAAAGAAAAUAGUUUGCAGAAGAGCGAUUUAGUUACUUUCUUGUUUUAGUAUUUUUUUUUCAGGGAACAAAACAAGUAUGUAUGAUUUCCUAAUAAUAAUCAAUUACUAUUGUUAUUAAAUAUUAUUUUAUAAUUAUUUAAGUAAAUGGCUUAGGUAUAAUUUUCAAAACUUACAUUUGCACAGUUGAAUACAUUUCGAUAUAAGAAAACUUAUUACGGAUUAGUCCACAUUUUUACAUAGGGAUCUUGUACAUUGUGACGAUCAAUUACUGCCAAAGUAUUUUUUACAAGGUGAAAAUAAGAACUUUAGUAUUAUUUCACAGUAAUGCAUUUUUAUUUAGUCACAGUCAAUUAAAAUUAUUUCAGCUCCUAAAAGAUAUUUGUAUGUAGGGCGCUAGGCAAUAUAUAUAAUAUAUAUAAUUGUGUAUGUAUAUGUAUAUACAUAUAAAUACAUAAUUAUCUAUCGGUUAAGAAGGUAAUAGUACAAUUGUGUCGUAAGGGUAUUCCUUAGAACAAAAAUUAUAGAAAACUGUUGUCUGCGAUCUAGUCUGUUACGAAAUGUACAGAUUUUAUACAUAUAAAGAAUAGGACUAUUGUUAAUACUCUUGAAGUAACCCGUCUAUAUGCUAUUCCUUUAUUAGACUACUAAAUUGCUCUUGUGUAAUUUUCUGAACAGCAUCCUUAUUUGCUUUUAGCAUGAAUUUUUCAGUCAUUCUCUUGACCUCCUUUCCAUCUAUUACUUCUAAUCUCGUGAACAAGAAAGUUAUUUGUUUAACCCUACAUUACUCGCGGAGUGAUUUUCAAUGUAAUUACCAGCGUGGGUAGAUAUUCAUAGUUCGUUCUUAUUUUAAGAUCAUCUUGAGUACCGGCUUAAAAUCGCCGAUAACGGCUCUGUGAUUGGUUUACAACACAUUAAGAUUAUACUUAAAGACUAUACUUAUCUUAAAUAUAAUAAGAACAGACUGAACACUGCCCGUGCAGUGUACUUCACCCAACAUUAUAUUCCACGAGAUUGUUACAUUCCAAUAUUAUAUGUUGGUUUUUAUUGUCCUCUUCGAUUUGCAAUUAAAUAAAGAUUGGUAACAUUCUAUAUACCUUUUAGAUAAAGAAAAGUACAAAAUUUUCUCUGUGUAAAACAAUUGUGUGCAACAUUUAGUGGUUAUGCUCUGUAAAUUUAAUGAAUUUUAUACCUCAUAGGAUUAACUAAGAAUUUAAGCUUUAAUGUAGACGAAUAGGAAGAUUUUUUAUUACGAUAUGCAUAUUCUCACAUUGAAAAUAAUAGAUCGAGUGAUAUUUUUUUUUAGUUUGAAUUGGAAAUAAAAUAAAAUCAAUUACAAUUUGUUUUACUAUUAGCUACAUGAGGCAUGAUGUGUUUACGUAUUGUUUAAUUUGCCGUACAAAUUUUAAAUUUAUACAUGUAUUCGCACAUAAAGUUUGUAUUUCCGACAUGUGUUUCUAAAGACUGACUAGCCUCGGCCUGAGAACAUUGAACAAUAAAACUGAAUGAAAUAAA